CACGAAAAACGGUUCUCCAAAUUAAUUCGAAAAUUCUAUUUGCCAAAGGCUAGGACGAUCUGAAAUGUCACACUUGUAAUGGAACCCGAUACUUGCAGUUUACCUAAAACACAUAAUUAAUUUUACGAAAACACAUGCGUCAGCUGAUUUCUGUCUUCAGAUCAACCUAGCUAACCUCAUAAUUUUCGGGACUUUCGUUUUCACUGAAAUCGCAAUUUACGUUCAAUAUGCAUCGCUUUCAAAAAGUGUUCGGUAAAGGAAAAUGUAUUGUUAUUGGAAUGAUUCAUGUGCACGCCUUGCCAGGGACACCAAAAUAUAGUGGCCACUUCAAUAAAAUUAUUGAACAAGCACGACACGAAGCAGACAUUUAUGCAAAACACAAAUUAGAUGCCGUAUUGAUUGAAAAUAUGCAUGAUGUUCCAUAUGUACAAAGCGAGAAGCUUGGACCAGAAACAGUAGCUUGCAUGACACGAGUAGCAGUUGAAGUGAAGCAAGUUCUCAAGCAUACGAAGAUCCCAUGUGGGGUGCAGAUCCUAGCAUGUGGAAAUACUCAAGCCUUGGCUGUCGCAAAAGCUGCCAAUCUGGAUUUCAUUCGAGUUGAAGGCUAUGUUUUUGGGCAUGUCGCUGAUGAAGGAUAUACAAACGCAUGUGCUGGAGAAGUUCAAAGAUAUCGACGUAAUAUCGACGCUCAAAACGUUUUAGUUUUCACCGAUAUCAAGAAAAAACACAGCUCACAUUCCAUAACAGCCGAUGUAAGCCUCUUGGAAACAGCCAAAGCAGCUGAAUUUUUCAUGACGGAUGGAGUUAUUUUAACAGGUACAUCUACUGGUCACGCUGCUAGUUUAGAUGAUCUAGAAGCCGUCCACGGGAAAAUUAACACACCAAUUUUGAUUGGGUCUGGAAUAACCACAUCAAAUGUUGAUCAGUAUUUCCAAAAGGCCAACGGGCUAAUUGUGGGCUCACAUUUUAAAGUUGGCGGCCAUUGGGAGAACGAACUUUGUGAAAAUACAAUCAGCAAAUUUAUGGAGAAAGUAAACAGUUUGAGAGCAUGAUUAAUUCAGAAAUAA